AUGCAUAUCCCCACCCUCCUAGCCACCGCCGCCGUCGGCUUCGCAGCGACCGCCCUGGGCAGCAGCAUCAACGACUUCAGCUGCCGCAGCACCACCCACCCGAACCCGGUCGUCCUGCUGCACGGACUGGGCGCGACCUUUUACGAGGACCUGAACUACCUGCAGGGCUGGCUGCAGGCGCAGGGGUACUGCACCUUCGCGCAGACCUACGGCGCGUACGCGGGGUUCCCCUUCGUGGGCGGGCUGCGGAGCAUCAACGAGUCCGCCGGCGAGAUCGCCGCCUACAUCCGCGAGGUGCACGCGCAGACGGGCGCCGCCAAGAUCGACCUGGUCGGCCACUCCGAGGGCGCCUUCCAGUCGCUGUACGUGCCCAAGUUCGAACCCGGGGUUGCGGACUUGCUGGACAAGGUGGUGGCCAUCGCGCCGCCGACGCGCGGCACCACCUUCAUCGGCCUGUAUAACCUGGCGUAUCUGUUCGGGAAUGUCUCCCGCGAGGCCAUCGGCGAGGUGCUCGAUACGCUGGGGUGUCCCGCGUGCGAUGAGCUGGGCCCCGAUGGCGCGGCCGUCGAGCGGUUGAACGAUGGCUCCCCAAUCGUGCAGACUGGGAAUAGCUUGACUGUGAUUGCGUCCAAGCUCGAUGAGAUGGUCACGCCGACGAGUACCUCGUUUGUGCACGAGGACAACGUGCGGAACGAGUGGGUGCAGGAUACCUGUCCGCUGGAUCCGGUGGGGCAUAUCGGCGAGGCUUAUGAUUUGAAUGUGUGGAACCUGGUGAAGAAUGCGCUGGAUGACACGCCGGAUCGAAAGUUCGUGUGUCUUUUGGGGUCUCCUGGGAAAUAG